GAGGGAGAGGGAGGAAGCGAGCCGGAGGGGGAUGUGGUGCUGCCGCGGCCGCCACCGCAGCUGCCGCUGCCUGCUAGUUGCCGCGUCUUCCCGGAGGCGGCUUCUGGAAGCUGCCGGGAGCAGCUGCGGUGCUCUGCCAUAUUGUAUCUUCCCCUACCUGUCCCUCGCCUCCCCGCUGUGGCGGCCGAGCUGACGAACUGUAAGAGUAAAUGGGUCCAAUAAUUGGAAUGACUCCAGAAAACAGAGCUGAAACUCCAGGAGCUGAAAAGGUUGCAGGAUUAAGCCAGAUUUACAAAAUGGGAAGCUUGCCUGAAGCUGUUGAUGCUGCCAGGCCAAAGGCCACUCUAGUGGACAGUGAGUCAGCAGAUGAUGAGCUCACAAACUUGAACUGGCUUCAUGAAAGUACUAAUCUUCUAACAAACUUCAGCUUCGGAAGUGAGGGUCUUCCAAUUGUUAGUCCCUUAUAUGACAUAGAGGGAGAUGAUGUGCCAUCCUUAGGACCGUCUUGCUACCAGAACCCAGAAAAAAAAUCAGCAACUUCAAAGCCCCCGUACUCUUUUAGUCUUCUCAUUUAUAUGGCUAUAGAACACUCUCCAAAUAAAUGUUUGCCUGUCAAAGAAAUUUAUAGCUGGAUUCUGGACCACUUCCCAUAUUUUGCGACUGCACCAACAGGCUGGAAGAAUUCUGUUCGACAUAAUCUGUCCCUGAAUAAAUGUUUUCAGAAAGUGGAAAGAAGUCAUGGCAAGGUUAAUGGAAAAGGUUCCUUAUGGUGUGUUGAUCCAGAAUAUAAACCCAACCUUAUGCAGGCCCUGAAGAAGCAGCCUUGUUCCUCAGCAUUAACGAUUUACACCCCUCCUGCAUCUCCAAAAAGUGGCUCUUUAUCACCUCACUACUUAAGUUCUGUACUCAAGCAGAACCAGGUGCGAACCCUCAAAGAAUCUGAUAUUGAUGCUGCCACUGCAAUGAUGCUUUUAAAUACUUCUAUACAACAAGGAAUUUUAGAAUGUGAGAAGCCUCUUCCUCUUAAAACAGCAAUGCAAAAAAAGAGGAGUUAUGGCAAUGCGUUUCAUCAUCCCAGUGCUAUGCGAUUACAAGAAAAUGAUUCAUUAGCCACCAGCAUUGAUCCAAAAGAAGACCACAAUUACAGUGCAAGUAGCAUGGCAGCACAGCGUUGUGCGUCCCGGUCUAGCAUGUCUUCCCUGUCUUCUGUGGAUGAAGUAUAUGAAUUUAUCCCAAAGAGUAGCCAUGUGGGAAGUGAUGGCAGUGAAGGAUUUCACAGUGAAGAAGAUACAGACGUCGAUUACGAAGAUGAUCCUCUCGGAGACAGUGGCUAUGUGUCACAGGCUUGUGCAGAUACCUCUGAAAAAGGACAGCCAGGCAAAAAGAUGCGGAAACAGUCAUGUCAAGAAAUUGAUGAGGAGCUCAAAGAGGCAGCUGGGUCUCUGCUCCACCUUGCUGGAAUUCGUACAUGUCUGGGUUCUUUAAUAAGUACUGCAAAGACACAAAAUCAAAAGCAGCGGAAAAAAUAGAAAUACCUAUUAGUCAGAAAUUAUUUUAAUGUGCGGCAAUACUCUUCUACUUAAUUCUUUACAAGGGAUAUCAAAGCCAUAUGGACUUCUUUUGUUUUAGAGUGGAGGAGGGAUGCUAAUUACUUGUUUAUUUCAAAACUUUUAUUUGUUUUUAAAUUUUUAUUAACUAAUUGCUCUUAGGAUAAUGCCGAACCAUAAAUAUGAUGUGAAGUCCUAAAAGCAUAAUUUUUGUGGUAAGUGUCUCCAAGAUUUUGAAAUUUUUAUGUAAGAAAAUCCCUAGCCUCUGUCUUAAACUUGUAGGAAAAAAUCUUUUACUCUAUUAAUAUAUGAAAAUGAAAGAACUGGCAACUCUAUUUUCUUUUUCAAUCUGUAAUUAACUGCUGAUCCAGCUAAAAUUUUUGCUGAUGUCUUUCUCACAUAUUCCUCUUCUAAUACAUGUAAUCCAGUAGGAUGAGAUUUGAAUUUUUUAUUUUGUCUUAAUUUUUUUUGUUGUUGAAGCCUGACAAAGUUAAAUACAAAUUGGAAAAGAUCCUAGAUGUCUCGAAAUUCUUUUUGGUUACACAGGCAGAGAAUACAGCAAGGAUUUCUAAGAUUUAGAAAAGGCAGUUUUGUGGAGUAAUUUCAAAUAAGAGUACUCCAAUUCCUAUUACAUUAUUCUCUUUGAAACUUUUUUACUUCCCAAAUAUUGCAUAGCAUUUAUUGGGGCGUUUUAUUCUUUCCCAGAGUGCUUUGCGACCAUUGUUUAAAUAUUAGCCACAAGCUUUCUUUGUUGAAUAGAAACUAUCCCAUGAGAGGAUAUAGCCAUAGAGUAUGUUACAGAGUUAACACCCAUUUGACACACUUUUGCAAUAAGAGGAUCAUUAAUUUGCUUGUUAAAUGUACUGCAUUCUGAGAAUCUUGUAAUAGGAAUGGAGUGUAAUCUAAUAUAAACAUUUUGAAUACUUAUUACUUAUGUCAUCAUAAAUAAAGGUAGAUCAUUUAGAAAGAAACUUCUGUCCAAGUUUGUAUGAAUUAAAUUUGUAUGUAUGCCCAAUUAAAUUUAAAAGAAUGUAACAAAACUAUAGAGACAAUACCUUCAUGGAUUUCAAAAUUUGUAUAAAAUUAAAUCUUAUAAAUACACCCUGUGGAGGAGGCGGUGUAAUACCUAUUAUGCACCGUUAAUCAAUGCUAAAAGAUUUUAUAUUACAGUUCCAAAUGUGCAUUGACUAAGGCAUUUUAAGUAUUUGAACAAAUCUGCUUGUGAGACAUUUUUUCAUAUUAUUUGUAUAGCCUAUAUUAUUCAAAUGGAAUAAGGGAUACUAAUAAAACUAAACUUAAAUAUAUUUUUACAAAUGGCAGAAGUAACUUUCUAUAAGUUCAGUCUUAGGCUGCGUCCUGUUUCAUAGACAGUAACCUUGUUUUCAUUUUCUGACAAUUUCAUACAUACAUAGAUACACAAACACACACGCUACGCACACACACACAGUCUCAUGAUUUUUAUUUGUUACUUUCAGCUGUUUCUAUGACUAUAACGCAUUUCCUUGAAUUUUUUUUAAGAGACAAAUAUUUUAACUUCUAAAUUCUAUUAGGGCAAAACUGUCAAAUGAGAAGCAUAAUGAAAACAUCUUUUUCAAUUGGCAGGACUUUAAGCCAGGGAUAGCAACAUUAAUAUUAUCUGUCCUGUUUUUCUGUUAAUUGUAAUUGAACCUGAAUAGCCACAUUAAUAGAAUCGGUGCUAUUGAAAUUUGGUAAUUUUUAAAUUUGUUGAUGAUAAUGAAAAAUAGUCCUGAGUAUGCAGGAUGAGGUAUUGGAUUCUUUUCCUUACUGUAUGUCACCUCUACUACAGAAAGUGGCUAACCCAAGUGAACACCACCUACUGUAGACAGUGAAUAUAAUGCUGAAAAUUAUUUAACCACAGUAUCAAAUAGUACUCUGAUUAUAAAAAUCAUUUUAGUAACAAUAUUUUUAAGCUAUUUACCAUGGCCCUCUGGGUAGACCUUAGUAACAGGGUUUCAAUGAUCUGGUUCCAGUUUAUUUUGUUCUACUGAAAUUCUGUACCACAAAUGUUCUCUCUGGUUCCUGUCCAUUAGAUAAUUAUUCUUUGUAAGUAAAGGAAAAUGAUCUAAGAUAAAGAGGGGGAGAGUUGUUCCCAGUUCUAAUAGGGAUCUGCAAAAUUAUUUUGUCUUAAUAUAAAUAAUAACAACUCUUUAAACUUGAUUUUCUCUCUUCAUUUACUCUUCCCACAAAUUUAAGUUUAAGUUAUAUUCAUCACUAGUAAGGGCAAUAAACACUUUUGCACUAAAAGCUAACAGGAAGUGGUUACACAAUAUUGUACAUUUAAUUAUUGUACAGAAUUCAGUGCCUCCAUUUGCUGAUUUACCAACACAGUUAUUUUCAAGGGGAAGAACCUUUUUAAUUACAGCCCCCUAUUGUUACUUCCAUAGACAUUAUGAUCCUAUUUCUCAGGUGUAUUGAGAUAACAACAUGGCUAAUAACCACCCAAUUAAUGAAAGUCAUUUCAAGUCCUAUGGACUGGAAAUUGUAUUUCCAAUAACAUAUUACUAACAAAUUUUACUGUAAUAAAAACAACUUGGCAAUCCUGGAGAAGUUAUAUACUUUCCAACGUAUUUUAAAACUGUGAUUUAAGCUAACCUAUAAUUUGCCUUACAUCAAUACAAAUCGUUACAACCAAUUCCAGUUUAUAAAUAGAUCCCUAGUAAAAGUUUUGCCUCAACACAAUCUUCAUCUUUCAUAUCCCACAUAGAAUCAGUGUUUCUUGAAUACUCUAUAUUUUUGAAAUUUAUUUGUGCAAUAUAUUACUAAAUUAGUUAAUAUUUUAUUUACUCUUAAAAUUCAGAGAAAGAAAACAUUACUCAUAGAAAAGCUAAAUAUUGGUGGAUCACCUCCUUUUUUUCCACCUUUGAGCUUUUCCUUUUCUUAUAGCCAGCAUGACUUCUCUUAGUUUAGAUUUCUUUGUAUAUAGCAAAGUUUAGAAUAUAUAUUUUUUUCUUUUGCUACUUUCUGAGGCAUUAUGUAAAGGGUUCAUAUUAGAUGGUCAGUUAAAUAUAUGUUAGCAUGAAUUCAAAGCUAGAGAAAGUGUUAAAGAG